AUUAGAAGUAUUUCCUCCAGAAACAACCUGUUACUCUUUGAAACCUAUCGAGCAGCACCACGUCCCCUUGGAAAUGCAUUGUCUUACUUAAAUGCUGCUUUCUUUGCUGAGAUAUCUGCUAGCAAAGAAUCUAAGGGAAAUAUCAUAACUAAUUGUCAAUUGGCUUUUGGUGCUUAUGGGACAAAACAUGGAAUCAGGGCAAGGAAGGUUGAGGAAUUUUUAACUGGGAAAAACUUAUGCAUAACUCUUCUAUUAGAAGCUAUUAAAUUACUUAAAGUCACUGUUGUGCCAGCGGAAGGUACCUCAAGUCCAGCUUAUAGAUCAAGCCUUGCUGUUGGUUUUCUUUUUGAGUUCUUUAGCCCCUUUCUUGAAACCAGGACAGCUGAGAGUUCCAAUGGUUUGUGGAAUUCGUAUGAAAAUUGUUUGCCAUUUGAGGAUUCAAAAAUAAAACAAAGUUAUGAACAUGGUGGUGAUGUGAAACCUCCAACCCUGCUGUCAUCUUCACAGUUGGUGUUGGAAGCAAGCAAAGAAUAUCGUCCAGUUGGUAGACCGAUUGUGAAAUCUGGAGCUUCACUCCAAGCAUCUGGUGAGGCUGUUUAUGUGGAUGACAUUCCCUCUCCAACAAACUGCCUAUAUGGAGCAUUCAUUUACAGCACAAAGCCUUUGGCACAGGUAAAGGGAAUAAGGUUCAGAACAGAGUUGGUACCUGAUGGAGUUUCUGCACUUAUUUCGUUCAAAGACAUUCCAGAAGGUGGGAAGAAUGUAGGUUCUGUGACUGGAUUGGGUACUGAACCUUUAUUUGCAGAUGAACUUAUUCAGUGUGUUGGCCAGAGGGUUGCGCUUGUGGUUGCAGAUACACCGAAACAUGCAGACAUGGCAGCAAACCUUGCAGUAAUUGAUUAUGAUACUGAAAAUCUGGAGCCUCCAAUAUUAACAGUUGAGGAUGCUGUUGAAAAAUCUAGCUUUUUUGAGGUUCCUCCUUUCUUAAACCCUGGACAGGUCGGCGAUAUAUCAAGAGGAAUGGCAGAGGCUGAGCAAAAAAUUAUCAAUUCUGAGAUCAGACUUGGGUCACAGUACUAUUUCUAUAUGGAGACACAAACUGCUCUUGCUGUACCAGAUGAAGACAAUUGCAUGGUAGUUUAUAGCUCAUCUCAGUGCCCUGAGUAUGUACAUACUACAGUUGCCCAGUGUCUUGGGGUUCCUGAGCAUAAUAUUCGUGUGGUUACAAGACGAGUUGGUGGUGGAUUUGGUGGAAAAGCCAUAAAAUCUAUGCCGGUUGCUACAGCAUGUGCACUUGCUGCAGACAGAUUACGGCGUCCAGUGAGGAUAUAUCUUAAUCGAAAAACUGAUAUGAUGAUGGCAGGAGGAAGGCAUCCCAUGAAAAUAACUUAUAGUGUGGGAUUCAAAUCAGAUGGGAAGAUUACAGCUUUACAGCUUGUUAUAUUAAUUGAUGCAGGGAUGUCUCCUGAUGUAAGUUCAAUAAUGCCAAUGGGUAUCGUAGGUGCACUUAAGAAGUAUGACUGGGGUGCUUUAUCUUUUGAUAUAAAGCUGUGCAAAACGAACCUUCCAAGUAAAUCAGCAAUGCGAGCGCCUGGGGAUGUACAAGGAUCAUUCAUUGCUGAAGCUGUUAUUGAAAACGUAGCAUCUAUCCUUUCCAUGGAGGUGGAUACUGUUAGACACAUCAAUCUCCACACACCCAACAGCCUUGACCUAUUUUACCACCAUAGUGCUGGUGAAACUGAGGAGUAUACUUUACCAUCAUUAUGGGAUAAAUUAGCCAUGUCUUCAAGCUAUAGUCAAAGGAUUGAAAUUGUGAAAGACUUUAAUAGGCGUAACAAAUGGCACAAAAGGGGCAUUUCUCGAGUGCCUAUAGUGCAUGAAGUCUCAGUGAUUAGAGCACCAGGGAAAGUAAGCAUUUUGAGUGAUGGGUCUAUUGUGGUUGAGGUUGGUGGCAUUGAGCUUGGUCAGGGGCUCUGGACAAAAGUCAAACAGAUGGCUGCAUAUGCCCUUAGUUUGAUCCAGUGUGAAGGAAUGGUCAAUCUCUUGGACAAAGUACGUGUUAUACAGUCUGACACAUUGAGCUUAAUCCAAGGAGGUCUCACUGCUGGAAGCACAACAUCUGAAUCAUGCUGUCAAGCAGUCCAACUUUGUUGCAGUGUCUUGGUUGAGAGGCUUACAUCUCUUAAGCAAAGACUGCAGCAAAAAAUGGGUUCUGUAAAAUGGGAAAUGCUGAUUCGUCAGGCAUAUAUGGAAAGCGUGAAUUUAUCUGCAAGUUCCUUAUAUGUGCCAGACUUUGCUUCCAUGAGAUACCUUAACUAUGGUGCUGCAGUCAGCGAGGUGGAGAUAAAUCUUCUGACAGGAUCAACCACCAUUUUGAGGACAGAUAUUGUUUAUGACUGCGGACAAAGCCUCAAUCCAGCUGUUGAUCUAGGACAGAUUGAAGGAGCAUUCGUUCAAGGAAUCGGGUUCUUUAUGCUUGAAGAAUACACAUCAAAUUCUGAGGGAAUGGUGCUUGCAGAUAGCACAUGGACUUACAAGAUCCCUACAGUGGACACCAUUCCGAAGCAGUUCAAUGUUGAAAUUCUGAAUAGCGGACAGCACAAGAAACGUGUACUCUCAUCUAAAGCAUCUGGUGAGCCACCUUUGCUUCUAGCAGUUUCUGUUCAUUGUGCCACAAGAGCAGCCAUUAAAGAAGCCAGAAAGCAGCUGCAAUGUUGGAGCAUGCAAGACGAGCUCGAUUCAACGUUCCAGUUGCAGGUCCCUGCAGCAAUGCCUGUUGUUAAGGAGCUUUGUGGACUGGACAAUGUUGAGAGGUACUUACAGUGGAGAUUAGCUCAAAAUGAAGCUUCAUGAACCGGACUUGAUAAUGGCUUGUCUUCGUGGUUAUUUCCCAACCCCUUCACAAAAGGGUUCAACUCCUGGCAGCCAAAGUUCGGUUUACUUCUACCCGGUAAAUAAAAUUUUUGUCGAUUGUUUCAAAAGUUUUAAGCUAAUUAAAAAUGACUUCUCAACACUAGAUUUCUAGUUUUGAUACCAUGUUAAACAAUUGAUUGUAACAAAUAAUUAAAAAGCUUAAACCGAAAGAAAAUAGUACAAUUUAUUAUUUAUACGUCAACGCCAUAAAUAGAAGAGAAAAGUGCUGUAAUUAUAUCCAUUUUUUUAUCUGUAGCCAACUGUGUUUUGUAUAUUUUGUAUACAACAUUUCAUGAAAUAAAAGAAAGCAAGAAACUGAACUUGCAAACAAAAUGAAUGUCAAAAGUUAACCACUGCAAA